AUGUAUUGCAUGAAGGAGUUCUUCUAUACUGAAGAGGAAGGACUUAGUCAUGUACGCUCUCAGCAUCAUGGAAAAACCGUCACCCUAUUGCGAGAGUACCAUGACGAUAAAGAAAAACAGUUGGAAGAUGCGUUCUGUGCUCUCUUCCUUGCUGUUCGGGAAGGGCCGAAUUUCACCAUUGAACGUGCCGCUGCGAUCGAAAGGGCUGCUUUUAUGCAUCUACAGAAGUUUAAGCGAAUGCGAAUGAAAGUGCCUGAGUUUGCAACGAGAGCAAAGCCGAUGCGAGAUUUUGCAUCGCAAACGUUUGCUACGAUGGCUUCUCCUCAUACCAUGGUUCCUGCAAUGAAAUACUUGACACAACCGCGGCAAACAUUUGACCAGUUGCAACAUCAUCUUGAACCUUUGCACCAUCCUCAAAUUCAUCCCAUGAAAGUCAUGGAAAUGGACGAUUCUAAUGGACACCAGAGAUAUAUUCGUAUGAGCAAUGGUGAGCUAGCAGAGAUCAAUGAGCAGUAUGUUAUAGCAGAGGAUGAAGAAGGCCCUGUUGGUGAGUAUAUUGAAGUUGACUACGUUGACGAAAUAAUUGACGAAGGAGAAGGCCAAGAACGCGACGACAGAGAAGUGGUCGUAGAGCACUUAUCGCACCCUGGUGAUCACCAAGGCAUGGAAGAUCAGUACUAA